GAGCCCGUCGGUCGACUCUUUCCUGUCUGUCAGUGAAGUGCACCUCGAAACUUUUACAUUUUUAUUCGGUCAGUAUGUCCAUCAGUCGGAAGAAUUGGUCGGCUUUGUCCAGCUUAGCGCGCCAGUGGACAAUGGAGGACGAGGAGGAGGUGGAAAGGGAGAGGAGGAGGAGGGUAAAGAGCUCAAGCAGCACCGCUGACCCCGAUGCUGACUUCAGCCAAACAGCCGGAGACACGCCCACCAGUGAUAGCACCUUUGGGACAGACUCCACAAGUGAGAUGUCCCAGGGCCUAAGCAGCGUGGAGCAGAUGCAGCUGGAUUUUGUGGAGAUGCUACGUGUCCGUGAUGAAAAGCGGAGGAUGAGGCAUGUGGAGACGCUGAGGAGACAGAAGGAGGUAGGGGACGGUGAAACGGAGGCCUGCACAGGAGGAGAAGGAGGAGGAGCCAGGGUGGAGCUACUAGGGGACUUGGAUGAGGAGCAGGGUGGUGUGUUGCCCUCUGUGGAGACCAAGUCCAAACCACAACCACCCCCAAAAACAGCCACUUACACUCCCACCACCAACAGCAGCAGCAGCACCUCCAUCACAAACAGACAACACGAAAAUGGAGAGACAUCAAGCAAAGACCCCGAUCCCAAGCCAUCAUCCAACCCCGCUCGCAAGUUUGUCAGUUCUGUCUCCAUCUCACUUGACAAAAGCCCCUCCACCAGCAGCUGUACAAGUCCCCUGAGCCCUCGGUCCCCAGUGUUCUCAACUCAAGAACACUGGCCUUCACCUUGCCAGAGCCCAUCUCCUCAGGGAGCUAAAAGCCCCGUUCAAAACGGACACACAUGGGAGUCCAGGGUGAACAGCUCUUCCUCCAACAGCAACUUUGAACAGACAACCAAACCUGCAUUUGUCAGACAGAGCUCCAGGACUAUAUCUUUCAGGUUGAUGAGGAAGAAAGAAGAGGAGAGUGCGCCACUGCAGAGGAGUGCCAGUGUGAGGAUGGCCUCCAAGAAAUUUGAAUGCAACACAGACCAAAAUGAAGAUGAAGACAAAGCAUCAUCUUUCCAGAGAAAUUCUAGACAGAGGAUUUCCUCCAGAUCCAUCCAGGAGAAGAUGGAGAGACUGGCUCAGGCUGCACAGAAGUCAGAAAUGACACGAUCACCAGACAUGGCCCAGAGGACCCUGUGCCUGCUGGACGAGGUGUCCAGGAAGAGAGGCCUCUUUGAGAGGGAGCAGCAGGCAGCAGCCCCCACCAGCCCGGGAGUUUCCAGACAGGAAUUUAGGAGCUUCGCAUCAGGAAUGUCAGACCGGAUCAAUCGCUGGCUCAACAAGACCAACCAAACUGGGUCUUCACACUGUCCAACUGACAUGAGACACGUGGACAUCACCAGUAAGAGAAGCCUGUUUGAGAACAGAGAGGAGGACAGUGUCCCAAAAACCAGCCCUGGAAAAAUCUACAAGUGAAGGACGUCCAUUCAUAAUGCCCAGCGGGAUUUAGUCAACAUCGAGAAGAGAUGAAGAGAAUUGGGGGAUUGUGGGAUGCCAUGACUGACUGAUUGUUUCUUCAAGCCUUUCAUGUUUUGUUUUUUUUUCCUCGCUGCCAAAGCACACAAGAAAACAGAUAUGUCAAAUAUAGAAAAAAAUGAGUUGAGCUUUAGCUUUAAAGGAAUAGGAGGAUUGUUUUUAAAGUUAGAAGGCGUCAAUCAAACACUGCAUUGCUUCUUUAAGUACAAAUAAGUCUUAUUUUAAACACUGAAACUGUUCAAUGUGUGAGGAGAAGAGUGAAAGGCAAAGUAGACAUGAGUGAAAAGGAAAAGUGACAGAAAACAGGGAGAACAGUGAUAUAUUUGUUUAAAAACUCUCCAGCUAUUUGCCUUCACUUUGUUUAAUUUUGUUAUGCACUUUAAAAGGUGAUGGUCUUAAUGGUGCCUUUUUUCACUGAAUUACAGUAGUAGGAGUUGUGAUUGUAUGUUUUUGUCUAAUCUGCCAAAAUAUAUUUUUUGUUCUGUGUCAAUGUGGGCAAG